AUGCUUCGCUCUUCGAUAUUGGCAUUUGCCGGCCUCAUAUGGGCGCCUAGCCAAGUGCUUGGUGCCCUUGAGGUUAACUUGGACGACACAGAAUCUAUCAAGCAGGCAGCUCUACAAGUCGCCGAGCAGAUGAUGUCAUUCUAUACUGGAGAUCAGCCCGGCCAUGUGCCCGGUAUUCUGCCAGGACCUCCGCCUGACGGUGAUUACUACUGGUGGAUUGGCGGUGCAAUGUGGGGUACACUGUUGGAUUAUCGGUUCUUCACCAGCGACAAGAGAUAUGAUGACCGGAUUAUGCAGGCCAUGACCUUUCAGGUGGGCGACCAACAAGAUUAUAUGCCAGCCAAUUGGUCGGCAUCGAUGGGAAAUGAUGAUCAAGCCUUUUGGGCACUCUCUGCUCUCAUAGCUGCCGAAACCGGCUUCACCAACCCUCCAAACGAGACGGGACUGGACUGGCUGGCACUCGCUCAAGCUGUCUUCAAUGAGCAGACCGAUCCCAAACGACGAACAUAUGAAGGAAGCUGCACAGGCUUGCUACGAUGGCAAGCGUAUUGGUACAACAAUGGUUAUGACUACAUUAACACUAUCGCCAACACAUGCUAUUUCAAUAUCGGCGCUCGUUUGGCACGCUACUUUAACAACGAAACACUUGUUGGAGUGGUGGGCGAGACAUAUGACCUGCUUAGGGGUGUCAAAUACAUUGACGAUAAGGGCAAUGUUUAUGAUGGUGGUCAUGAUUCAAACAACAAGGAUUGCAAGGAUAUCAACCCGUUCCAGUUCUCGUACAACCCUGCCCUUCUUAUUCAAGGAUUGGCGCAUCUUUAUAACAUGUCCAAUGGCGCAGAUGAAUGGAAAUCGAAAAUUGACCUUCUAUUACCUCGUACGCUCGAAUAUUUCUUCCCGAAUGGUUCGGCGAUUGAAGUCGCCUGCGAAUUUGCCGGGACAUGCACAGUAGACAUGCUAUCCUUCAAGGGGUUUCUGCAUCGAUGGUUACAGUCUACUUCGUUCUUGGCCCCUUACACUGCCGAAAAGAUCACGCCUUUGCUUCGUUCAUCAGCGCAAGCUGCUGUCAACCAAUGCACCGGCGGAAGCAGCGGCCAAAUGUGUGGUUUCAAAUGGGCAUCCGGUUAUUUCGACAGUGGAGUUCCGGGCAAAGAAACCGGUGCAAUGCAGCAGAUGAGUGUACUUGGUGCUCUAAUCAGUCUGCUCCCACAUCCCAACGAUGGACUUCUGACGAACACGACUGGUGGAACGAGUAAAGGCGAUCCAAAUGCUGGUUCAGAUUUGGAGGAUCAUUUGCCAAAGCUGCGUGAUAUCACAACAGGAGACCAGGCUGGUGCUGCUAUUGUCACCAUCAUUCUGGUCAUCGGUGGUGGAUUGACAUAUUUCUGGCUGGGCGUAUGA